AUGAAGCUCUCAACAAGUUCCGAUGCCUUAAUCAGCACACGCGGUUCGCAAUCUUCCGACAUCUCGGGCACUAUGCCGUUGAAAAGGGUUAGACGCCAUAAUUUCGGGGCGGACGGUUUCCUUGAAGACAAGAUCAGAGUCGUCAUCUACGUCGGCGAAGACUUUCAGCUACGAGCUUCAUGGCGUCGGUUCUAG